GUUUAUCGAAGAUAGGCAACCAAUAAUACACGCAGUGACACUUGAAUCGCGAUUCAAAAGUGGCGCCACUGCAGUUCCCACGCUUGCCACACCCACGAACAUGGCAGCACCAGUUAACAAGUUGUUGUGGUUUAUAGCAAAAUUGCAAUAAUUUUCAAAAAGUGGCCCCUUCCGAGCCGUCCUUGCGCCCUCAGUGCACCCACGCAGCCCCCGGUGCCCCAAAAUGUACUAAAACCGCCACCGCGCGCCCCCUCGAAAUCAACCAUUUUGAAUGUUGGAGCCCCAAAACCACCCAACCAAGGUAAUCCGACUUUUGCACCACGUUAUCGACCAGUAAUCACCCCCCAAACCAAAAACUAGACUAAGUGGCAGGCCCACCAACCCCCCAAAAAAAGUCAACAUAACCUCAAAAGUCAAGCAUGGAAGAGAACAUUUUAGGCUGUGAAACCGUCGACGAGGCGUACAGUCUCCUCCAAAACGGAAUCCUCGUCGAAACGAGCAAAGGACUUGUGUGUAUGUCCCUCACCGACGCACUCUCCUCCGAUUUAAACCUCUCCGAAGAAGACCUCAAAAACGUCGCCUCGGAGCUCAUCUCCCAGCAGAACAUCGCAGUGCCCAAUAAAACUUUCAAGACCUCGGUUAAUUUUGACAGUGAUGGUUUUUCGAGCGAGUGCAGCGACGUGAGUUUCACGUCGGCCUCGAGCGUCUCGAGCUACAUCACCCUGACCUCCACGACCCCUUCCACGAGCAAAGAGUCCAAGUUUAUUACGAUUUUGCCGACGAAGAUUUCCAAUGGGAAGCCCCCGGAUCCGGUUAAAAGCGAGAUCGUGGCGCCGGCGAUCAGCGACGUGCACAAGCCCCCCAAGAGACGCGGGGGGUGGCCGAAGGGGCGGAAGCGCAAGCCUGAGCUGAAAAAUCUGCCCCCGAAGGCGCCGGCCACCGGGUACAAUCUGUACUUGAACGAGCAGCGCAAGCUGUUUAAGGAUAGCAAUUUGGUGUUUCAUGAGAUUACGAAGAUCGUGGGGAAUAAAUGGUCGAAUUUGAGUUUGGAGGAGAAGAGGCCGUAUUUGGCGAAGGCGGAGGAGGAUAAGAGGAGGUAUAGGGAGGAGCUGAAGCAGUAUAGGCAGUCGGAUGCUUAUAGGGCGUAUUUGGCCAAAAAGAGGAGGGAUAGGUUGCAGAAUAAUGUGUUGUCGGAGAGCGACAUGGAUGCCACUGAUGAAAUAGAUGAGGAAGAUAACGAAGAACUUUAUUGCCGCACGUGCGACCAGUGGUUCCACAACCUCCACAACAAGCGCGAGCACUUGCAGGGCCGCCAACACACCCAAUCCGUAGCCGGUGACAUGAAAAAAGAACUAGACCACUCGGCUUCCGACAGCGGGAUUUUGAGCACCUCCUUGGACGAGUCCAGCCUGGACGCCAUGCCCCACGUUGCCAACCCAAAGGACGAAAAAACCCCAUCCGUCGCCGACUGCGUGGUCGGUUUGGUGAGCGCCGUCUCUAAGCGCGAAAAUGAAAUCAAAAGUCUACAGAGACGUCUCCAGGACACGUCGAUGACUCACAACGCCCUCUGCCAGCAGCUGAACGCACUAAGCAAGCGACACGCUAAGUUGAAGAGUGACUUAAGUCACUUGAAGGAGGAGGAGAGGAGUAUGGAGGCCAAAGUGGCUCAGCUGUGGCAAGUGCCUAGUUGGUUUAUUAUCACGGAUUUUAAUACGGAGACGUCGACGGAUUUUAACGAGGGGAGUGAGUGAGGGGGGGUUUGGGGGACUGAAGAUAUCAAAAGUCACUGUUCCAUAUAUAUAUAGGAUCUAAAAUAGAUUUGUUAUAACCGAUCCUAAUUUGUUUAAUGAUGUUUAUUAAUAUGUGAAAUUUGUAACAAUCAAUACAAUUAAAUAAAAGGAUUUUUCGAAAA